UUCUGAUGUGCUCCUUUCGUCUAAAAGGAUAUACAUCAGAAGCAAAAACAUAUCCUUUCCAUGCUUGCUUCAAGUCUGCCUUCAGUGUAGAGCUACUGUGUUUUAAGUUCGGAAAAGGACAAGGAGAAGGAUGGUACUCCCUCGGUUAACACUGGUUCUUGCCGUACUGCCGCUGUUAGAUGGGAUACUUGCAGAUGGACACAUCGAAGCUCUGUGUUUUGACAAGGCCUGCUACACCGUGGACCUGGGCAGCAACACUUUUGCGGAGGCCAGGGAGAAGUGCACCAACAAUGGAGGGGAUCUGGUCACUAUCAAGAGCAAAGAAGAAUUUGAGCAAGUGAAAAGGUUAGUUUUGAAACUGCCCGAUCUAGCUGACCAGACGCUAAAGCUUUGGAUUGGACUCCAACUCAAGCAGUGCUAUAUUCGCCAUAAGUUGUUGAAGGGCUUUCACUGGGUAACAGGAGAUCAGGACACAGAAGAAAGCCAGUUCUCUAACUGGAUGCAAGAACCUAGGAGUACGUGUGCCCAGAACAGGUGUGUCACAAUGAAUCUGGACGCCGCCUCUCAUAAUAACUAUAAGUGGCUUGAUGGCAAAUGCACAUCCCCUGCCAAUGGCUAUAUCUGCAAGUUUCAUUUUAAAGGCAUGUGCAAGGAAGUGGCCCUUGCAGGCCCAGGAAUUGUUAGCUAUAAUACACCGUUUUAUUUCAUGACCACUUCUCUGAAUUUGGUUCCACACGCCUCACUAGCUGAGGUAAAUUGCGAGCAGAACGAUGGAAAAUUGCCAGAUUUUUUAAUAUGUAAGGAACGGAUGGAGAAUAUCUUUCAGUGGGCUUAUACUGGGGUUAAUGGAAGCGUUGUUGGGCCUUUGUGUGGGUCAACAGAACUAGGAUGCAAGCAUAGUAAUGGAGGCUGUGAGCAGGAAUGCAUUGAGGAUCCAGAUACCAGGUCCGUUCGUUGUGGCUGCAAGGAUGGAUAUGUGCUUUCAUCUGAUUUAGUCUCAUGUGUUUUACCACAACACUGUGAACCCAAUCCAUGCCAGCAUAGCUGCACAAACCUCCAGCAUGGAUUUCAAUGCACAUGCUCUCCGGGCUUUGUGCUUGCUGAAAACCAAUUAAACUGCACUGAUGUGGAUGAAUGUCGACAAAAUCCUUGUGACCAGGUGUGUAUCAACACCUUAGGAAGUUUCCAGUGCAAUUGCCAGGAGGGUUUUAUAGUAAAAGGAACAGAUUGUAUAGAUAUAGAUGAAUGCAUUGACUCGACCUGUACCCAGGGCUGCUUAAAUACCCAUGGCUCUUACUAUUGUUCUUGCAAGGAGGGUUAUGAACUUGGCAACGACGGUUUUUCCUGCUUGGACAAGGAUGAAUGUAUUAAUUCACCGUGUGCUGAAAAGUGUCUUAACACCAUCGGGAGCUACAUUUGUUUUUGCUCUGAAGGAUACUUACUAUCUUCCGAUGGCAUCUCUUGCAAUCCAGACAUGCAAAACGAAAAUACACAUGCAAAUGUCAACCCUACAGGCAAUCAAACCAUAAGCAGCAUACACGGAGAUGACACCUACAACCCAACAAUAAUCCCGUCAUAUCCUAAUUCUGUAAUUGAUCAGUCUUACACAACCAUGCCUGAAGGUAGUGGAGUCUAUUUAAAGCCUACUCCAUCCAUGUCUCCUGAUGCUGGCAGCUCUUUAGGAAACGAGUCUGUUUAUCAUAUACAAGGUGGUGGAUCAGAUUCACAGAAAACACUCAUAAUAGUGAGUACACUCUGUGCCUGCGGGGUUUUGUUACUUCUGGCUGUUGUUGUGGGAAUUGUGUGCUAUAGAAGAAGAAAUACAGAAAAAGAGGAAGAAUACAAACCAGCCAAUGCCGCAGAUAAUUACUGUUGGGUCCCAGAACAGUCUAAUAGAGAUGUGAAGAAUGAUUACAGGUAGUGUAAAGAAAUGAAUACGAACCACACUUUUAUCGAUUGACAUGUAUGGUGCUAGGGGAUGAAACAACCGCAACAUUACAAAAAAUAAGCAUGGACAAAAAGAACUGCAGACAUUUGUGUCUUUUAAUGAUAAAUGUAACCCUGUUUUCUUUAGCAUUGCCACAAAAUGAUUUCUGUUAAUUCCGGGUAAAAACCAGCAGUACAAAAUGUUAGAUUUCAAAGAUUUCAAUGAUAUUUCAAAAAAAUUAAGAGGGUAUGGGAAUUUAUUAAGAAAAUCAUUAGACAUUUACAGUGUUGUGGCAUGUAAGCUAAAGCCUUUUUAGUUCUGAUACGCCUUUUACCCAGGUGAAUAACAAUUUAUGGAUUAAAUUGAUAUUUCCUAAAGUAGAGUUUAGAUAGAAAUGUGUUCUAGAAAAUCUAACAUGUCUCGAUUAGUCAAAUAAAAAAAAAAUCUUUUUAAUUUCUCUAGGAAAAUGGAACUUGUGUUAUUGAUAAGUGUUUCUAUGUUAAAAUGUUUUUUUUUUUGGUCUUUUGAGAAAUGUUACUACCCUACACUUUAAAAUGCAAUUUCACCAAACUGCAAAAUAAAGAAUUUGUUAAGUAUAUAUUUCCUGCCUUAUUAUGUAAGCAGAUGAUUGAUACAAUAACAUUUUUGUAUUUUCAUAAGGAGACUAGAUUUGAUUCUGGUAAAAGACAUUCGAUGAAAUAUUUUAGGGGUUAAUAUAUUAAACAUUUUACCUAACAUCAAUAAUUAUGCAUUGUGAAUUUGUGACAUGCUAAUCAUCAUCUACAAUACGGUAUAAUGCACAAAAUUGUUUUUUUUGCACAUUUUUGGCAUUUUUUUAUUUGCACUUCCAUCAAUCAGCAAAGGGCAAUGAUACACACUUUUGGUGAAUGUGCUAAAGCAAGAGUUGGUUAGAGAGCUGUGGUUUCACUGAAUUCAUCAUAAAUCUUGUCUGUCUGUAGAUCUUUUCCAAAAAAUAAAUAAAUAUGAAUUAAUAAGUAA